AUGAGUGUCUUCGAGGAUAAAGAAGUCAAGGACAUUUCGUCCGACGAGGUUGACGUCAAAGAGGAUGGCGUUAGAAAAAUCGACGCUCUUGAGUUGGGUGAAAACUUCGACUUUGACAAGGAGUUCGAGGAGUUGGAGCUUUUGGCCCAGCAGUCCAAAGAACAAAAAACUUUUGUCGACAGAUUGUUGUCAUGGGAAGUCAAACUCAACUUUCAGAACAAGAACCAUAUGGUUUACCUUUUAGGUGUGUUUGCGGCAGCCGCCGGUCUUUUGUCUGGUUUGGACCAGUCCAUCAUCUCGGGUGCCUCUAUCGGCAUGCGUAAGGACUUGAGCCUUACUAGUCACGAACAGUCGCUUAUUUCUUCCCUCAUGCCUUUGGGUGCGAUGGCUGGUUCCAUCAUCAUGACCCCAUUGAACGAGUCUUUUGGAAGAAAGUUCUCCUUGAUCAUUUCUUGUGUUUGGUACACUAUUGGCUCUGCUUUGUGUGCUGCUGCUCAGGACCAUCACCUCAUGUACGCUGGCAGAUUCAUGUUGGGUGUGGGCGUUGGUAUAGAAGGUGGAUGUGUCGGUAUCUACAUUUCCGAGUCUGUUCCUGCUAACGUUAGAGGUAGCAUUGUUUCCAUGUAUCAGUUCAAUAUUGCCUUGGGUGAAGUGCUAGGGUACGCCGUGGCAGCUAUGUUCUACUCGGUCAAAGGUGGCUGGAGAUUCAUGGUUGGUUCUUCUUUGGUGUUCUCGACUCUUUUGUUCAUUGGUUUGUUCUUCUUGCCAGAGUCCCCUCGUUGGUUGGUGCACAAGAACAGAACAGGCAUGGCAUACGAGGUUUGGACUCGUUUGAGAGAUAUCAAGGACGACAAGAACAAGCUCGAGUUUUUGGAAAUGAGACAGGCUGCUCGCCAGGAACAUGAGAGAAAGGCACAGACUUCGAGCUUGAAGACAUGGGCCGACUUGUUCUUCAUCCCAAGGAACAGAAGAGCCCUUUUCUACGCUGUUAUGAUGGUCACUUUGGGUCAGUUGACCGGUAUCAAUGCUAUCAUGUACUACAUGUCUACUUUGAUGCAAGGUAUUGGCUUUGACGAGAAGAACUCCGUUUUCAUGUCUCUUGUGGGCGGUGGUGCUUUGCUUAUUGGUACCAUCCCCGCCAUCUUGUGGAUGGACCGUUUCGGUAGAAGAGUCUGGGGUUACAAUAUCAUUGGUUUCUUCAUUGGUUUGGUCCUUGUGGGUGUCGGUUACCUUUUCGAUUUCAACACUCAAAGGGCCAAGGCUGAGGGUAUUUACUUGACAGGUAUUAUCGUCUACAACUUGUUCUUCGGAGCUUAUUCCACCUUGACAUGGGUUGUUCCAUCGGAAUCGUUCGCAUUGGAGACUAGAUCCUUGGGUAUGACCAUUUGUUCUACAUUCCUUUACUUGUGGUCCUUCACUGUCACUUAUAACUUCACAAAGAUGCAAGAAGCUAUGACUUACACUGGUUUGACUCUUGGUUUCUACGGUGGUAUCGCCUUUAUUGGUUUGAUUUACCAGAUUUUGUUCAUGGCAGAGACAAAGGACAAGACUUUGGAGGAGAUCGACGACUUGUUCAACAUGACUCCUCUCCAGCUCGCCAAGCAGAACUUGACCAACCUCAAGAACGGAAAGCCAUAG